AUGAUCAUCUCUAUUCCGCUAAAUACGGCAAUUGCACGGAUGCUAAAGAUGCAGGAGCAACAGAUGAAGAACCGCGAUCUUUUGGCCAAUAUCAAAAGCAUCGAGCGUUAUGAAUAUGUAUUCAUCCGCCACGUUCUGCACGUGCGCAAUGAUCUAGAGCUGAAGAUGUUGAAGAAAAUUGGUAUCGCCCUCAAUACGACGCUUUGGGGCAGCAUUCCUCAUCUCUCAGUAAUCGUGACGUUUAGUUCUUUUGCUACCGCAUCUGUGUUCUCGUCACGACCACUCACAGCCGGCGUCAUCUUCCCUGCGAUCUCACUGUUUAUGCUUCUCCAAUUUCCACUUGCUAUGUUUAGUCAAGUCACGUCGAACGUCGUCGAAGCCCUCAAUGCCCUCGUGAAGGUGCAGAAAAGCAGUCUGGACGUCGGUGACGAGUGGAACAGACAAGAUACAUCAGCUGCUCUGGAAGAUAUAAACUUGACGGUACACAAGGGGGAACUCGUGGGUGUACUUGGUAGUGUGGGCAGCGGGAAGAGUAGCUUGUUGUCAGCGAUUAUCGGGGACGUGCGAAAGACAGAGGAUGAGGUGGCUUUGUUCGGCAAUGUAGCUUACGCUGCUCAGACUCCUUGGAUUCUUUCUGCGUUGGUUCAAGGUGAUAUACUUUUUUCACAUGAGUACGAUGAGGCGCUUUAUAACCUUGUUAUCGAAGCUUGUGCUUUGAAGCCCAACUUAGAUUUUCUCCUACAGGGUGAUCUGACGGAGGUCGGUGAAAAGGCCAUUACUCUGCCAUCUAUUCCCACGUUGCCCGACACGUCUUUGAUCAUGGGUCCUCAAGGCUUACUCGCAACCAAAGCGCGCGUUCUUGUCACUAACAGCAUCUCGUAUCUCAAGUAUUUCGAUCAAUUUGUUUACCUGCGCCGCGGUAUGAUCUUGGAGAGUGGAAAAUAACAAAUAACUAAUCAAUACUUCAAGAUCAAAUUUUAUU